AAAUGGAAAAAUAAGUCCCCUCUCCCCACGCACACGCACUCUGGAAUUUGCAGAGAAACGAGAGGAAAUGGGUGCUUCAACUGUGCGGGCUCCAUUAACAAGAGGAGUCUUCUCUAUAUAUUGCUCUUAUCCCAGGCUAAAAUCAAACCCCCUAUACUUUUCUGUAUCCCUCGCUAGUUCAGUGCAACAAGUAAGAAGAGCAGCCGCUGCUUCAAUGUCUUAUGAUAAGCAACUAGCCGCUGCCAAGAAAGCUGCCUUUCUUGCUGCCCGCCUUUGCCAGAAGGUGCAGAAGGCUUUGUUGCAAUCAGAUAUCCAAUCAAAGUCCGAUAAAAGUCCUGUCACAGUGGCUGAUUAUGGUUCACAGGCUUUGGUUAGCUUUAUAUUGGAGAAAGAGUUUCCAUCAAUGCCAUUUUCAUUAGUGGCUGAGGAGGACUCAGAAGACCUUCGCAGAGAAGAAACCCGAGGAACACUAGUGCGCAUAAAGGAACUUGUAAAUGAUACUCUUGCCAGUAAUGGAAUGAAUGACAUAUCACCCUUGUCUGAGGAAGAUGUGCUCGAUGCCAUUGACCGUGGAAAAUCUGAAGGUGGUCCUCAUGGUCAGCAUUGGGUUUUGGAUCCUAUUGAUGGUACCAAAGGUUUUAUGAGAGGAGACCAAUAUGCUAUAGCAUUGGCAUUGCUAGAUGAAGGGAAAGUUGUAUUGGGGGUGUUAGCUUGUCCAAAUCUUCCUUUAACUUCUGUUACCAGCUAUGAUCGGCACAAUUCUCAAGACAAAGUUGGCUGUCUUUAUUUUGCUCAACUUGGUGCUGGAACCUUUAUGCAGUCUAUAGAUGGCUCACCGCCAAGGAAGGUACACGUUAGUGCAACUACAAACCCUGAAGGAGCAUUGUUCUUUGAAUCUUUUGAGGCAGCACAUUCAUCACACGAUUUAUCUAGUUUGAUAGUAAAAAAAAUGGGUGUCAAAACACCGCCUGUUAGGAUGGAUAGCCAAGCAAAGUAUGGUGCUUUGUCCAGAGGAGAUGGUGAAAUAUAUCUUCGUUUCCCUCGUGAAGGUUACCGAGAAAAGAUAUGGGAUCAUGCAGCUGGAUACAUGGUUGUCGCAGAAGCUGGAGGUAUCGUCACAGAUGCUGCUGGGAAUCCUCUAAACUUCUCGAGAGGACGGUAUCUUGAUCUGGACACAGGUAUCAUUGUCACAAAUCAGAAGUUAAUGCCCGCUCUGUCGAAAGCUGUAGUAGAGUCUCUAAAAGAGAGAGCUUCAUCCUUGCAAUCCUGAUUUAACAUAUGG